AUGUUUCCUGAGUCUUGUAAAAAUCGAUCAAUAGGAUCAGUAAAUUAAUCUUGUCAUGAGUCUCAUCGUUUGAGACAACAUUUAGUAAACUCAUUUGGGUUUUUAUCUAAACAUGAAUCAAGAAACUCAUAUUAUGAUAAGGAAGAUCAAUAAGAUUAAUUAUUAAAAAUUAAACAAGAGCUUAAUUAAUUAAGGAUAGAAAAUACAUAAUUAAAAUCUUAGAAUAUAUAUUAUUAAGUAAGAUUUAUUAAUAUAAAGAAAGAUCUUGAAAGCUUUCAUCAACAGUUGUCAGAUGAUGACAUAUAAGUGAAAACAGUUCGAAAUAAUCAAAAAUUCAAACAUUUACUUAAAUUACUAUAAUCUAAAGAAGCUGAAAUUGAUACUUUAAAAAAAAAGUUAAAAAUGGAUGAAAUUUUAAACUAUUAAAAAAAAGUUGGUGAACUCUAAAAUAUAAUUGAGCUUCAGAAAGAAAAAUUAUUAGGAAAUCAAAGAAAUUUAUUAGCACCUUAAUUUGCUAUUCUUGAUGAAUUAGAAUAAGAUAAUAUUAAACUAGUUGAGAUUAUUAAAAAUUUAGAAGAGAAAUCAAGAGAUUACGAAUAAUUGAAAAAACACAUAAUAACAUAAUAAGUCAAAAUUUAAUAAUAAAAAUAACUCAUUAAUGAAUUAUAAAAAGAAAUUCGUUAAUAUAAGGAAAGAGAUUUAUUAUUUGCAGCAAAACACAAUUAAAAAAGUAAAUAAGAUCAAUAAAUUAAGUAAUAAUAUUUAAAUGAAUAUAGAAAACUCUUAUCAGAUAUACAUAAAUUAAGUUAGAAGAGAUAAGAAGAUGAAGCUUAUAUAGAACAAUUAAUAGAUAGACAUAGAUAAGAAAUUAAAAAAUAUGAUCGUAGAAUUAUGGAAAAAGAUGAUGAAAUGUAAUUAUUACUAGAAAGAUGUGAAUCUUUAAGUAAAGCUCUAUAAGAAGAAUAAAUUUUAAAAGCUAAACUUAAAAAGAAUGAUAAAUCUAAUUCUAUUGUUAAACCAUCUAUGUUUUCAUAACACUAAAUAGUUGGAAGAGGUUCGGGAGAUUUUUCACUAAUUACCUCUUAAAGAUCUUUAAGUGGUAUUGGAAAAUCUAAAUAUUCAAAAAUUAAUAAAUAAGAUCUUUGUUAAAUAAUGAAAAUAAUUAAAUUCUCAAUGAUUAUUAAUAAAAUUCCUUUUGAUGAAUUAGAUGCCGUAAUAUACAUUUUAUUUAUAUUAGUAUUUGUUUAAAAAUCAAUAAGAAACUACUUUUGAUGAACUUAAAGAUUCUUUGCAAUAAUAAAUUUUCAAUCUAAAUAAGGAACAAGCAUGUACUUUAGCAAAUUAUUUAUUUGAUUAAGAGGAUGAAUCUAAUGCAGAAAAACCAUAAAAUAAUUCAAGGAUAAGAAGCAUUUUUAAAACAUUAUUAGAUAAUUUUCGAUUACCUAAUAAACAAAUUUAUGAUGAAAUUAAAACAAAUUUGAAUACAAACAAUCUUGAAAUGAUUAACAAUCAAAUUCAAUCUAAAUUUUAGAGUCCUCGUAAUAAACUUAAUGUGAAUGUAAAAUAUACUGUAUUUAUAUAGGAUUUAUUUGAACUUUUCUUAGAGAAUGACAUUAAAUUAUCUAAAGCUUCUCUUGAUUAUAUUGAAUCCUAAUUUUAUAAAAUGAAUCAAUAAUUGUGCGUUUUUGAAAUUGAUUAAUUGAAACAAUUGAUUGAUAAUAUUAAUAACUGA